AUGGAGAUUUUUAUUGAAUUUUUAAGAGUUUUGUCCACCAGUCUGAAUUCACGUACCACCUCUCUGAUUAAAUCGUCCGCAAACCACAGCAAAUUGUUAGUGCUAUGUGUUUUAUGUGUUUUUAGGUUGAAGUUUUUAGUAGUUAAAAUUGGCGUGUGUAGACAUAGAACUAGAGUCAACCUGCUACUAUGGAAUACUCUUUGGAGAUUCAGAUUUAUAAAAAGGGGAUUCACCGACACCACCUCCAGGGUGGAAAUUUUCAUAAAGCCCAUAGAAGACAAGGUCGCUCUGGACAUUGGCACUGAGAUUCUUGCUGAGUUUCUUCUGCUGACUACUAUGAUAUCCACCAUGUUUUACAGUAUUUAUUUAAGGCGAACCAAGUAUAACUCCAUAGUGGCCAGGCAGAACGCUCAGGAAGCCAAGGUUCUAUCGAGACUCGAUUACAUUGAGCAGGAGAUUUCUAAAAUGUUCAAUUUUAAAUCCACAAUGAAGGAAUCGGAAAAAAAAAUAUAA